CUCACAUAGGCUGCACUUCACUGUUGCUUACUGACUAACCAUAAUUUAUUCAACAAAAUGCAAUGGCUAAUAAUGCAGAUUUUUUCAUCCAUCCUGCUUUUCUCAUAUGGAAAUAUGCUCCCAGCACCUUGUGACAGAAGACUCUAACAGCCACCAGAUGGUAUUCUCAUUAUUGCUGAACUUUGAAGCAAUGACAAAGCAGGUGGAGUGUUGAAUGCUGAAAAGCUGAGCUUUGAACAUUUAUGAAAGCAGAACAGCAGAGGAAAGUUAUUGAUCUUUGACCUGUGAGUGCCAUUCAAGAUGUGGGCACAAACUGCUCUGUUACCAACUGUGUCUGUAAGUUGCAAUGACAUGUUUGUUUGUUGCCACCAGUCAGAUCUACUGCACUGGAGAAGUCCUGAGACAAGUGCAAAUGGCUAAACUGUUUGAUGAUAACAAGUAUUUUGUAGAUAUGAAGCUGACUGCAGCUCCUGAGGUCGUUGGGGAGGCUUUUGCUAAUCUGACCUCAGGGUUCCCAAACAGGACCGUCUCUUCGUCAGAGUUAAUGAAGUUCCUGAAGAAAUACUUUGAAGAGCCGGGUAAGGAGUUUGAGAUGUGGACUCCUACAGACUGGCAUUCUAACCCAAAAAUCUUGUCCAGAAUUUCUGACCCACAAUAUCGCAGCUGGGCUGAAGAACUGCAUGGUUUGUGGAAGUCAUUAGGUCGAAAGAUCCGUGAUGAUGUCAGAGACCACCCUGAGCUGUACUCACAAAUUUACACCCCGCACCCCAUUGUUGUGCCAGGUGGACGCUUCAGGGAACUCUAUUACUGGGACUCAUAUUGGGUAAUAAAUGGUCUCCUUUUGUCUGAGAUGACUGAAACAGCACGAGGAAUGAUCCUAAACUUCAUGUACCUGGUGGAAAAGUACGGCUUUGUCCCAAACGGAGGCCGAAUUUAUUAUGCACGGCGGAGUCAGCCUCCGUUCCUUCCCCUAAUGGUGGAAAGCUUCUAUGAGCUCACCAGAGACAAAGACUUCCUCAGGCAAGUUUUGCCAGCACUAGAGAAGGAGUACAGUUUUUGGAUGCAGAAUCGCUCACAUGCUGUGGAGUUAAGUGGAGUGACACAUAUCCUGAAUCAUUACAAUGUACAGGCAGGCGGGCCCAGACCCGAGUCCUACAGUGAUGAUGUCGAGCUGGCUAAAGACCUGUCGACAGAUGCUCAGGAGAAAUUGUGGAUAGAAUUGAAAACCGGAGCGGAAUCAGGCUGGGAUUUCUCUUCUCGUUGGUAUAUUGACAGCAAGGGUCUAAACAAUGGCACUCUGCAUGACACACAGACCAGCUCCAUCCUGCCUGUUGAUCUCAAUGCCAUUAUGUGCCGCAAUGAGCAUCUAUUAGAGUCCUUCAACAGGAUUCUGGGUAAUGAGCACCAGGCAGUGAAAUAUGAGCAAGCACUUUCUGCUAGAAUUAAGGCAGUUGAAAGUUUACUGUGGGACACAGAGAAAGGAGCCUGGUUUGAUUUCAGCCUAGUAACCAAGACUCGACACUUAGCCUUCUACCCAUCUAACCUGGCACCUAUUUGGGCACACUGUUACUCUAGACCUGGGAUGGCUGAUCAGGCUGUACAAUACCUGAGGGAUAGUGGAGGUUUGGACUAUCCUAAUGGGAUUCCCACCUCUCUGAGUGAGAGUGGGCAGCAGUGGGACAUGCCUAAUGCCUGGCCUCCUCUUCAACACAUGAUUAUAAAAGGGCUCUCGGGGCUCGAUUCAGCCCACGCUAAAGAGCUCGCUUUCGAUCUGGCCCAAUGGUGGAUUCAGACCAACUGGCGGGCGUACGCCAUAUAUGAGGCCAUGUUUGAGAAGUAUGAUGUCAACGGUGAUGGAAAGCCCGGAGGAGGUGGCGAGUAUGAAGUUCAGUUGGGAUUUGGAUGGACCAAUGGCGUCGCUCUGCAGCUGCUGAACCAGUACGGUGAUAGGCUGAGCUCUGGAGGGUGUAUCUUGAAUGCUAGUGUUCUGAUUGGACUCGUCUAUUCCAUCUUGAAAACUCUGCUCUGAUCCUGAGCAAAAGUGUCAGGAGGCUGAAUCAGAGAUAACCUGAGGAAAACCCACAUCAGAAUUCGACAGUCGAAGCAGGAAUGAUUGAAUCAGUGUCUUUCUUUCUUGCUUACUUGCUUCUCUUUGUCUCCUUGUCUUUUAUUAUUUCGUCAUUCUGUACUAGUUGGUGUAAGUAAGGUGGUAUUCCUAAAGAACUAAGUGGGUGAAUCUGUUGAAACCUGUCAAGAACAUGUUGGGGACAGAUUUCACCCCAAAAUUAAAAAGAGGUGAAUAAGAAAUUGUGUAUUGCUUAAAGAAUUUAAUGCCUAUAUUUAGUAUCAUUAAGAGUAUUUUGCAUUCUUAUUUUAUUUUAAUUAAACAUAUAUAUAUAUAUAUGGCUUGACAUCAUUUUCUGGAAUUUUACAAGCUGCUUAAAGGCACAGUGUAUGCAAACUUCUGUCCCACUGGAAUUGUGACAUAGUCAAUUUAAAG